UGGCCAAGCGGUAGCGUGUUUUGCUCUUGAGCUUUCAGACGUAUUUUUCUUGCAUUACAUUUACAAUAGUGAUAUUCGUCAUGCUGCGCGCGGCAUCAGUUCGGUGUAGGGUUCCGCCUAUGGCUUGCACCCGUCUGCUAUCGACAGUAGGGGCUAACAGAUCCGAUAAACCAGUGUCAGGCGUGAGCAAACCGAUCAGAUCGAUUCUGACCGAUCCUGACACAGACUUGCAGGGACAGAGCAGCACAGGCUGGCUGCAGCAGCGGUUAAAGGAGGAUAACUCCACUGCAAAAACCCGUCGGUCUGCCCGGCCGUUCAAAGUACACAAUGCGAGAACAGCUGGCACGCCAAAUGAUCGCACAUCUGGGUUUGUCAAGAUCGACAAGACCAGCACGAGCGCGAAAGCAACGAAAGAAGAGGGUAUCGAGUCAGAAACGACGCUGACGCCCAAAACCCUUAUAGAUAAGCUCAAGUGGGAGCAGAGCGGAGAGCGGCUGCAGCGGCUGCGUGCGCGCGCAAAGGACAGGGACCUGGAUGGCUGGCAGCGGCGGAAAAUUGAAUGGAGGAUCAAAAAGGUCGAGGAAGAAGGCGAUGGAGCAUGGGGACCAACAAAGAAGCUGGCAACCUCGAGCAUGGAGAAGAUCAGGCUGCUGAAUGCAGAGUUCCCAAACGAAUGGACCGUUAGGAAGCUGUCGGACCAGUUUCAUGUCUCGCAGGAGGCUAUCAGACGGAUAAUCAAAUCCAAGUUCCGGCCGACCGAGGAGCGCACCAAGAAGCGCGAGACCAAGCGUAGAGAGCAAAUGGAGCAGUAUCGGAGAGAUGGAAGCAGGCACGAGAGGGAUCAGGCAGGUAGUCGGCCUGAUUAGUUGCUAGCUGGUAUAGCCGCUUUCAGUGGCCUUAAAUAUAUUGCGAUCGUGAACAGCAAGCGCUUUGGUUGACUGGCGGACUGGCGGACUUGCCAAUAUGUGCAUGAGCACCGGCUUCUGCAUAUCCAGGCAGCCAUGAGCAAACCUUGUUGAUUAUUGCUAUUAACUUGCCGUAUCUUGAAGGGUCAUUCAUUCAAAAAGUGCCGCUGAGCAGCAGCAUCAACGGAAGCUGCUGCUUGGCACAAAUGUCGUACGAUAUUUCAACAGCCUGCUGGCUGUUUUUAACCUUUGCCAUUCCUGCUGUCCCUGCCGUCUGUGCCUACAAACAAAGGAUCUUGCUCUUCGUUGCCAAUUCCUGAAGGGCCCAGAGACAAACUGCAUUUACAUCACCAAUGCGGCUGAG